GAGCGCCGCUUGAACUGCACUCUGGUGGCCACCCACCUGGUAGCCACUGCACAUAAACAUAUAAUGAGGGUAUGCAAAGACCACGAAAAUGGCUGAACCUCCUUUACACGCACGGCCAACGACAUUCCCUCCAAGGCAGCAGUUCUCCAAUGUACCGUUGACUACACAAAAACAGUCCGACCACGAUGAUAUCUUUUUGUCUUUGAGCGACCAUAAUGCUUGGUAUUAUCCUUCUCGAGGGUUUGAUUCUGAAGAGACACCGAUUAGCAUUAGCGGUGGAAAUUGGGAUCAGAAGAUGGCACAUGAUUCAAGAUGGGCUCGGAAGGGCAAAGCAGCAAAUUGGGGAUCAAGUAAGGUUGAAUGGGAGGCAGAUGAACGAGCCCGCAAACGUCUGAUGUCGCUUCUGCCAGCGCCUCGUCCCCCUUCGCCACUCACUCUUCCUCAUUUGCGUUCACCUUCACCCUCGUGCGAUGCUCCCUAUGAACUACCAAAUACUCGUCACACAAGUUUCUCAUCGUUCGUAAUGGACAAGUCUGUGACACGCUCUUUCCGCUCCACCCUUUUUGACGAGCUAGACCAGGCGACUACCAGUUUCAUCGAAGGGGAAGUUUCCGUGAGACAAGCUCUUAAUCGGCUGUGGCAGGUACUCAGCGAGGAUCCUGAUGCUAAGUCGAAAGAACCACCCUUGCUACCUAAACGUGAGGAAGAAGUGGGCGAGGAAGAAGAGGAUUCUGAAAGCAGGCUCGCUCGUGCACCAGAUCUAACGCCGAUCAUCCGUAAACUAUUUCUCGUAUCGUAUCCAGACUCUGGCCCACCUGUUCUGGAACCAUCACAUUUUGCAUCCCUAGAAAUGCAACAAAUCAGCCUGGAGAAGUCCUUGGCGACACUACUUGAACUUCAAGACGACGAAAGAGAAUACAUCGAGCGCUUGGAAGAGAUACAAGAUGGUUUGGGUAAUGCUAGGGCUCAGCGUGACAGUAUAUGGGAUGUUGUGCGACAAAAGGCUGUUAAAGAAUUGCACGACGUAGCUUGUGGUGUGACCACAGAUCUUCAUUGAUGCAUCGUCUUUUAAUAGUUACCACCUGUGCAAGCGGAGCGCAGAAAUUUAUAACCCACUGUUAUCUUCCCGAACUCGCCGUACGAAAUCCGCGCUUACAGUAUGACGGCCUCUUUUUUGCUUGCUGGUACAGGUAUGUAUCGGUUAGAUUACCGCGUGUCACGAUGUGAUGCGCGGGAGGGGAUUAGUUACGUUUUUCAGUAGAACCAUCGCCAACCUAUUGUAUGGUCAUAGGAAUUUCUCCAGCGUUGGGGCUUGCUUGUAAGUACUCCCGCCGCGAACCUGAUUGGCGUCGAUGGGCCUUUUUGACAUCAUGGUACCGCUAUCGCAUCACAUGAUGAUGCAGCUCCUGUGGGUGCCGCUCAAAAGGGCAUGUACCUUGACAUCUAGAACGCUACAUCUGAGCCAAAAAAGGCCAGAAAACUUUCUGACAGAAAGUUUUCAGAAUCUGUAUGGGACUAGCAUGAAACGCGACGGCAAAACCUCAGAUUUAGAUCGAAUAUACCUUGAUAUAGUAAUCCCUAGAAUUAAGGCUUCGCGGUGUAAA